GUCGCGCUGUAUCGCUGGACGCAUUCGCACGCAUCACUCAGCUGCUCGCCCGUCAGUUAGAUUCAGUCUCUUUACCGUGUAUGUCCCGAGAAAGCGUGACCCAGGAGAAACUAGCCCCAGGGGAGGGGAGUACUUUGUUUCGAACUCACUGGGGGCGGGCACUACUUGGUUAAUCUGUUUGUGACUUCGUUACCGGACUGUGUCAAACGCCUACCACCUGAUCAGAUGGGUACCGUUUUUGUGUGGGUGUAAUUAUUACAUCAUUUGGAUUAUCCCUGGAUUAUACAGACAGCAUUCGCUCACAGCCGGUGCCACAUAUGGCCCCCGACGAAAUCAGAGUGCUACCGAGCAUGCGCAUAGGGUAAGCACCGUACCCCUCGAGGCGAGGAGCUUUUGAAAUUGGAUCCGUAGAAGAAAGUUUAGGCGUCUAGCAGUGUGGAUCUGGCAUUGUGGAACAUGCGAGCCUCUUGGAUUAGUUUCGCUAGAGAAUGAACAGCGAACAUGAUUUCCCUUGAUUGGAUUAUACUCUGGAUAUUCUGCCUAGCUGUCUUACAAGUAUGGAUCGCCGAAUCUAUAAAUUAUGACAGUAAAAGAUUCGACGGCCUGCAGGAUCUUCACAGCCGGUGUCAAGAUGGCUACUUUGGUUACAAGUGUCGCUUCCGGUGUCGAUGCAGACGAAGUGAGGUCUGUGACAAGGUGCAUGGCAACUGCGUAGGAGGAUGCCGGGAAGGCUUCUGGGGACCCGGAUGUCAGCUCACCAACAAUUGCUACUAUAAUGGACAGAAGAGAAACUACAUGGGGACAAAGGCUGUGACCACCAACCUCUACACGUGCCAGAGAUGGGACCAACAGGUUCCCCAGAAACACAGCUACACACAGAGGGACUUCCCGGACAGGGUGUUCCCCAACAACUACUGCCGCACCACUGCCGACUCCUCCCAACCGUGGUGCUACACGACGGAGCCGCGGGCCAGGUGGCAAUACUGCAGCAUCAACAACUGUAAUUGCCCCCCUGCCCGAUUUGGCAUCAACUGCGGAAAGGAAUGCCACUGUAAGGAGUACACCGAGAACUGCGAUAGCAUCCUGGGAAUGUGCAAGAGCGGCUGCGCUGCUGGAUGGACUGGUUACGACUGUCAAACACCUACUCCUUGCCCCGCCAACAGGUAUGGGUGGGCCUGCGCCAAGGAAUGCCAGUGUAAAAAUAAAAAGGACUGUGAUCGCUUCACUGGACCUAAGUCCAGUUGCAAAUGCAAGAAGGGAUAUUUUAACCCUCCGCUUUGCGAACCAGUAACCGCUCCCCGUAUUGUCGCCUUCGAGAACACGGUCGUGAAUCCAGGACAGCCCUCGGUCUUUAACUGCACCGUGGCUGCCUUCCCCACCCCAUUCGAGAGUGAAAUUCAGCUGAGGGGCCCCUCCAGUAAGAGAAUCACCCUCUUGGAGUCCAAAACCCUGGAUCAGUAUCUCUACACCAGGAUCAACCUCUUCAAGGUCAAUUACGUCAUGACCGGUGAACGCUAUACGUGUUUUGUCCAAGCAACAGCGGGGUCUACGUCGAUGACCAUCUUGGCUGAAGUCUUCGAACCUCCACGUCUGAGUCGAGCUCCGCAGGUGAGGGAUGGGUCAGUGACGGCCACCAACAUCACCAUCCAGUGGCACAAGUGGAACGACAAGACAGGGGAUACAGGGGACGGACCCAUCUUGUGGUACAGCAUCAACGUCAAGGCCAAGGCGGAGAAGAUGUACAGGAUGACCGGGCUGGUCUACCAUACAUUCUGUGAGAAGAUGUGUGCCUUCACGAUCACCGAGCUCACCCCCAACACCAAGUACGCCAUCUACGUGGUCACGAGGAACAAAGAGGAGGGUGGAGAAGGACCCCCCGGGCCGAUAAUACACGUCACCACAAAAUGUGCAGCGCCCCGCCUUGGGCCAACGCUGCAGGAAGUGAAGACACUCGUUCAGGUGAACGACACAGUUCCUAAAACCGUCAUCACAGUCAAAUGGAUUGACCCACUCCCAGAGGACCUCAAUUGUGAUUUUGUGAAGGAGUACAAAGUACGUGUCACAAGCCCUCAGGGAGACGGGACGACCAAGACGUGGACUACCCCGGGGGUGACGGAAGAAUGAUUUAUCCGGGACCUCAGUCCAUUCACUCAGUACUGCAUUCAAGUCCGUUAUGUUACCAACAAAGGGUUUCUAAGUCCGGAUUCGGAAAGACAAUGCCUGACAACACCCGAGACAUUGCCUGGUCCACCAACCCACCUGUCAGUACGAAAGCGAGACAUUCGAAGUAUUACUUUGUCGUGGAACCGGCCCAAACCGGCUAACGGCAACGUGACGUCAUACAGGAUCAUGUACUGGGAGGCGGGUUCGGCUAACGCUAACGGCAUUGAGCACUUCUCGGCUACCCAGUUCGUUGAGUUUGUGCUGACAGGGCUCAAACCGUUCACUGAAUACCAAGUGCAGGUUCGUGCAGUUAAUAGCGCCGGGGCAGGGAAGGCAAGCCCAAUCAUUACUGAGAGAACAGAGGAAAGUGUUCCAGGUCCUGUCCGAGUAUUGAGGAACGUGUCACGUACCACGACGUCAAUACACCUCAGGUGGGACCGGCCUCUUGACUUUAAUGGCGAGCUGCGCUACUUCACGGUGUCGUGCAAGCCAAUUACAUCCCUCUUGAAGAGAAGUUACAAUGACGACAAAAGAGCAAUUACACUGCCGGUGGACACUUAUGAAUACAAGAUGGAAAGGUUACGUCCUGCUACUCAGUACGCAUGCGCAGUUAACGCCAGCACGGUGAAGGGACCAGGAGCUGAAGCUCGAGUAACUGUCUGGACAGAUGCGCCGGAUCCCAUGAAACCCUUGGAGCCAAUCAUCGUGGAGGUCUCCGACCACACCGUGACCCUUGACCUCCGUGACGCAGGGGACCAAACUGUCAGUUUCUAUCGGCUAAUAGUGGAGCUGUUGUAUGAGAAGCUUCGUCAUGAACGCUCGACGCCCCAACAUCUUAACAUCAAAGACGACUACCAACGGGCCAGCCGCCACGGAACGCGUGUGUAUGUCGCCGCCCAGCUCGACAGAGAUGUCGUUAACGGGAAGUUCGUCGUCGGCGACAACAGCACGUACGGGGGCUAUUACAGCCCCUUACAGCGGGACCAGACUUAUAAUAUAUGGUUCGGAGCCUUCUCUGUUGUUGAUGGCACCGAAAGACAAACAUUCUCAAGGAUUGAGAGACCAGUCUUAGUUCGACCUGUAAAGGCGGCACCCCAGACCAGCCAUGUCCCCGUCAUCAUCGGCGUCCUCGUCGUCUUCAUCCUCCUCAUCAUAACCUUCGCUGUCUUGUUGAUGGUGUGGAGAAAACGUCAUCUGUCAGCGGAGAGAGAGAAGUCAGAUCUGCCAUCAUUUGGCCCAACUAUAUUACCGGAACCGGAUACGUCUCCUCCGCCCACUCCCAUUGGAGGUUUCUACACUAAGUUUAGUUUGGGUACAAUUAACAUUGAGGCAGAACCUCUCAUUCUUCCAUCUAUAGAUAACGAUCUCGAGUCUGAGCCCAUUUAUGGAAAUGUCGGAAAUAUCACGAUUCCACCCAUCAAAGUAGAAGAUUUAUGGGACUACAUCCGGGGAAGCAAGGAGAACGAUUAUGAUGGCUUAAAAAGAGAAUAUAAGCUUAUACCACCGGGUCUGACUGCGGGCUGCGAGGUUGCAAAAAGAACGGAAAAUAAGCCCAAAAAUAGAUAUGGAAACAUCAUAGCCUAUGAUCACUCUCGCGUGGUGCUGGAGUUGGAAGGAGACGACCCCACAGAUGAUUAUAUUAAUGCCAAUUAUAUAGAUGGAUAUCAUAAACCUAGAGCAUACAUAGCAGCACAAGGACCAAUAAAACCAACCAUUAAUGAUAUAUGGCGGAUGGUGUGGCAGGAAAAUUCCAAAACACUGAUUAUGUUGACCAACGCUACAGAGACUGGGAAGAAAAAAUGUGAGCAAUAUUGGCCUGACGAUGGAUGCGAGCAAUAUGGAUGUAUAUCGGUACAACUCCUCGGCACCGAUAUACUGCCUGAUUUCAUCGUCAGGACGUUCCUGCUGUCCAAGGAGAGCCAGUCCAAAUACGUCAAACAGUUCCACUAUACCACGUGGCCAGACCACGGAGUACCAAAGUUUGGCAAUUCCUUGCUGUUGUUCCGCCAGAAGAUCCGGGCAUACGACAGUCUUGACAACGGAACAGUCAUUGUGCACUGCAGUGCUGGAGUAGGCCGGACAGGCACCUAUAUCGCUAUUGACACGCAGCUGGAGAAGGCUAAAUCAGAAGGCAUUAUCGACGUACAUAACUUCGUCAAGUUGAUGAGGGCACAGAGAGUCAAUAUGGUCCAAACUCUGGAACAGUACAUCUUCGUGUACGACUGUCUGCUGGAGGCACUUAUCUGCGGCGACACAACAGUCACCAGCCACAACUACGUUGAAAGCUAUUCCGACAUGUGUCAGUUCGACUCUGAGAUAGGCAAGACCAAGAUUGAGGAACAGUUUGAGAUUUUGAAACUACUGUCGACGACGAUAGAACGUGAUGAAACCACGACAGCAUUGCGGCCUGAAAAUAUAUUCAAAAACAGGUGCAAGAACAUAACACCAGCCAAUCGGUGUCGACCUUACUUGAUGACGCCAUGUGAUGGCAGCAACGACUACAUCAACGCUGUCUACAUCAACGGCUACCGUCAGAAGGACGCCUACAUCGCGACCCAGAUGCCCCUCCCAAACACUGUGGCAGACUUCUGGCGGCUGGUGUACGACCAUCACUCCUUCUGCAUCGUCAUGCUGAACGAGAUCGACGACAAGGACGAGACGUGCAAACAGUACUGGACUCUCGACACCUGCGGCAACAACUACGGACCCUUCAUCGUGGAGACGACGGCCGAGAUUAAGUCUGACCCUGCGGUUACUGUCAGGGACUUCACCAUCACCAAUACACAGAUACCGUCUGAACCCCCACGGGUUGUCCGACAAUUCCACUUCCACCGAUGGGCAGAGGGGCAGAACGUCCCCAGCUCCAAAAUCGCCCUUCUGGAACUCUUGGACAUGGUUGAGAGAUGGCAGCACCAGUAUGAGAACAAGCCAGUAACAAUUCACUGCAUGAACGGCGCUAGUCGAGCUGGGCUGUUCUGUGCCGUGAGCUGCAUCCUAGAGAGAGUGAAGAAAGACAAGGAAGUCGAUGUCUUCCAGGCAGUAAAGCAGCUUCGUCUCAACAGAACGCAGCUCAUUGACAACAUGGAACAAUACAAAUUCUGCCAUGAGAUCGUCCUGGACUUCCUCACAUCUCCGGAAACUUCCUCCGUUCUCUCAUGACGUCACUGCCAAACCGGAAGUCACUAACAUAGCCAGCGGUCUAUGCAUCUGCGCAGAGGAUUUGUUCAGUUAUCGGAGUCUGUGAACGGGAAGAAAAAUGUAAAUCUUUUGGUUUGAGGGAACCGUCCAAAUAUUGUUGCCCGUUUGAAAGACACAGUGUGGUCUAAAAAUUUUGCUCUGCGUCAGAAGUUUAGGUCGUGUUCAUGGACGCCGUCUCUUCACAUCCGGGCGAGUGAAUAUGAAAACGAGGCUUUACUCUCUACCUCGAAAGAGAUGUAGAGUAUUCAAAGUUCAAUCCAAAGAGAGUAUAUUAGCCAAGGCGUAGACUGUCUGGUUACCCUUUCUACGGUGCUAUGUUCAUUCAAUACAUCACAAAUAAUAAUUUUACAGAAAAUUACAACAAUUUCCAGGCAGAUACCUUGGAGUUAACCAUAUGGCAUUUUUGUCAGAGUUAACAUUAACAUUAACUCACAGCAAAGAAUCCUUGCAUACUAUUUCUACAAAUAAAUAUCAACAGUCUUUCCAUACACCUAACAUGAGCCGUAAGCCGAACGGAAGAAAAGUGAACGAAAGUCACGGAUGCCCAUUUAUUAGUCUCCAUGACUACACUUAAAACUGUUCCUUAUAUAUGACGCCUCAUGACUUUGUCUGAACUAAUAAUUAGUUGUGAUGACACCAUUGAACCAAGACAAUCUGACAGUGUGUCAGCUCGAUUACAACACAGUAUUUUUCAUGAAUCGUGGAAAACGUUUGAAGUGAUGAAUGAAAACGAAACUGGACACUGAUUGGUGCUGAGGAAAAUAGUAUAUUUCAAGACAACAUCCUUGCAAGAGAAAUGGUUGUGACACCCUCGGUUCAGUGAGGAUCCAACAGAGGAUCGAGCCUACAGUGAAAAGUAGUCGUUAGUCAACCACCAUCUGUUAUGAAUCCUAUUUUCUGGACGUGUGUUUGUGAUAGUUUGCUUGUAUGAGAUGGGCAGUAGAGCUGUGUAGAUCAAUUAACUGAAUGAAAUCCAAGAAACUGUACAUAACCAUGUUGCCAGUGCCGAAGAUAUAAAAAAAAUCGCGGUUACUUCCCUUGGCUUUGCUGUAGUAUCCAGUGUUAUGUCAACAGCGUUUGUGAAGCGAACCUCAUUCGGAUCAUUUCGUGCAGCACCUCUUUCACAUGAAGAAAAUAGUCGAGAUUUCCUAACCGGCUUUCUUCCAUUAGUUUUAUUUCGCAAGAACAUCACGCAUAACUUCACCAAUUUCAUGACGAUUUGUUUGUAUUAUUUAACCUAGACGAACAUUAAAAAUAUGACGAACAGAACCGUCUUUAAAUGUCACAUCUGACGUUGUGUAUUGCCAGCUUAUUUCACAUAUGAGAAAUUGUUCAGAUGUACGGGAAACUCAAACAAUCUGAUAACCUCGUUGUGUUCACUAUGAACGUUUCCGGAGUAUGUCGACUUGUUCCGAAUGUCCGAAUGAAGGUAUGGGUGUGUUGGGCCAAUGCCAUGGGGCUUCUGGGAUUGUUAGACAUAGAAAAAGUGCUUCAUUUGUAGUCAAUCGGGAUAUUUACCAAGUCAUUAAUUUAUUCAUUCGUAUCAUCCUUUCGAUGAUGUAAAACUUUAAAUGGCAUUUGAUGAAGUUAAAACAAAUUUGUGUGAUGCAAAAACGAAACUUUCAAUUCAUUUGAAGGAAAUGGAUUUCUGUUUAAACGGAGUGAAAAAUAUCCUUUGUAUUGAAGAGAGUAUCGUACCUGUCUUCAAUAUCCUUUACAAUGUUGAAACCGUAAGUGCUAUUUAAUCAACACAUUUUUUAGUACACGCUUAAUUAAAAUAUAAUAAUGAAUUAUAUUUUAAAUGUACCAUCCUCGGCUGUCAUGGGAAUUAUAUCUCCACUGUAUUAGGAUACACACCAUGGACUCGUUCACUGCGAUAGAUCACGAUGCUUAUUAUAGAUAAUUUGAGCAAUCAAAUUGCUCUAAUGAGCGAGCUAAUUUCUGUGCCAAGUGUGGGAUAGGAGAAAGGAACACAGUGAAGUCACUCCGACAUUAUUUGUUGGUUGUUGUUUAACGCCGCACUCACUCCGACAUGAAGUGCCCAGGGUAUGUAUCACAACCAAAUGGAGAUAUAAUAAAGCCUUGAGAACCGAGGAUGGAAAUGUGUAUGCUAUGAAGUAUUGACAUCACAAACGCGUUUUUGUGAGAAAAUACUUAUUUAAUCCGCCAAAAUGUACAGUAUAUCUGUAUAUCAUUAAUCGUCAAAUAUCCCAAACUUGCAUGAGACGUGAAACUGCUGACGAUCGAUGCUCUAGUCAACUCAUGUACUGCCUCUGUGAAGUGUACUGUAUAGGUUAUUAUUUGACGUGAGUUUCUUAUAGUGUAUAAAUGUGAUCAUUAAAUGUACUAGUCUCUUGUAUCUGUAUAUUGAUAUUAAUCAGCCAUGAUAUAUGAAUAUAGGCUGACUAUUUUAUCAAAUCCUAAUCGCCUGUUACUUCCCAUGACAUGUUUCAAUAUUAAAAUAAAUGUACCUGUCCUGAAA